AUCGAUAAACCGGAAGUUACGAAACUCACGUUGCCAAUGUGCUUCAAGAAACAUACAAUCACCGCAUUGUUGUCAUCUUGAACAUACAUUAUUACGAAGCAGCUGUGUGUUUGGACGAUAUAGCCUGAAAAAUGUCUGAAAAUAUUCCUCAGUGUGCUAAAGAGGCUGUCUUAGUCACAAGUGAACCUCUUUCUUCUGACAAAUAUGCUGAAGUUAAAGGUUAUGAUUUCAACAAUGGUGUAGAUUACCACAAACUAUUAAACUCUUUGGCCACCUCUGGAUUCCAAGCUACCAACUUUGGCUAUGCUGUUCAAGAAAUUAAGAAUAUGAUUGACAAGAAAUUAAUACCUCUGUCUGCAAAUGAGUUAGAAGAAAUGAAUUUAAACCCCGUUGGGCGUGAGAAGAGCAACUGUACAAUAUUCCUGGCUUUCACAUCUAACAUGAUAUCAAGUGGGGUCCGUGACUCUAUUAGAUAUCUUGUACAACACAAUAUGGUUGACUGUUUGGUUACGUCUGCUGGUGGCAUUGAAGAAGACUUCAUCAAAUGUUUAGCUCCCACAUAUAUUGGGGAUUUUAAGCUGGAUGGCAAGAAGCUACGUUUGUCUGGCAUUAAUCGAAUUGGUAAUCUGCUGGUUUCCAAUAAUAAUUACUGUAAGUUUGAGACUUGGUUGAUGCCAAUCCUGGAUCAAAUAUUGCAGGAACAAAAAGAGGAGGGGAUUUUAUGGACGCCAUCGAAAUUAGUGGCUCGUCUUGGAAUGGAAAUAGAUAACCCAGACUCCGUUUAUUACUGGGCUUACAAGAACAACAUUCCAGUAUUUUGUCCUGGAUUAACGGAUGGCUCUCUUGGUGAUAUGAUAUAUUUCCAUUCUUACAAAAACCCAGGCCUUGUUAUAGAUAUUGUUCAAGAUAUUCGCAGGAUGAAUAGUCAAGCUGUAUAUGCCAAAAAUACUGGCAUGAUCAUCCUUGGUGGAGGCCUCGCCAAACAUCAUACAUGUAAUGCUAAUCUGAUGAGAAAUGGAGCUGAUUUCUGUGUUUUCAUAAAUUCUGGUUCAGAAUUUGAUGGCAGUGAUUCUGGAGCAUCUCCAGACGAAGCAAAGUCAUGGGGAAAAGUGAAACUUGACAGUAAACCUGUAAAGGUUUGUGGUGAUGCUACACUGAUCUUCCCAUUAGUUGUGGCCGAAACAUUUGCUAAGUACCAUUCACAGUUUGUUAAGUUAGAUAAAUAAAAUGUUUUGAUAUUUACUUUUA